AUGUUCCAGCGACUCAAGGGCGCAAUCGAUCGCACCAUCGCCGAGGAGCAAGCAAGGCAAAGAGCAGGUCUCGAAGCUACCGGGCCUGCGUCAACUCCAGGAAGUGCCCCACGUCGAUCCCGAUCGUCGAGCACCGCGGGGACUCAAUCCCCCGCCCGGCGCCCUCGGCCGACAAAGAAAGCUAGUCAAGACAUCACGUCGAGAGAUACGAACGGCGAAGGAACCAAUCCUGAUCCCGCUGUAUUCGAGGCCGCCUUUGUCAUUGACGAUAUGGACGACUCGACCGUUCCCUCGAGAGUAGCGACACCAUCCUCGGCGGACAAUGAAACAGGGGCUGGUAUUUCCAGGAGAGCUACUCCGCAGCCUGGUGCUGGCGCUCCUCUCAAUGGGGCAGCUGACCCAUUAGCAACUGGCGACAAUGGGGAAGCCAACAAGGCCAGCGUGGAACCCGCAACUGCGGUCGGCCCAGCCGGUGCCUAUGUGCCAUCCGAGUUGCCGCCGGAUGUGCGAGCCCGGCUGCGGAAGCUGGAAAAGCUGGAGAAGACUUAUCCAGAACUCCUUCGAUCAUACCGUAUCGCGCACAGUCGGGCGACAUCCAUAGAACCGUUCGAGAAGGCCCUCAAGGAGAACACCCCGCUCACCUCUAUCAAGGACCCCGAAGCCCUGGUCGAGUACUUGAAUCAGAUCAACUUAAAAGGCGACAUGGUGAUGGGAGAGCUCAAGCGCGUCACCGCUGAAAAGGAUGACUACAAGAAAAAGGCGGAGGAGUUCAAUCUAGCGCUGGGGGUCUUGAAGGAGGAAGUUGCUGCCCUGAAGACCGCUCAACCGGAGACGGCCCUGGCGUCAAAGUCGGGCGAUACCGCAAAUGCGACCGAGACGGGAUCCACCAAGACGGAGGAUAAAUCGCCAACAGGUGCAGGGGCGGAAGGCAAAAACGGGGAGAACUUCUUUUCGUAUGACGACGAGAUUCCUCAACUGCAGGCCGAGAUCCGCAAAAAGUCGGAAGAGGCGGAACAGCUCCAGGCCGAAGUCAAAACUUUGACGGAUGAACUUUCUCUCGCCAAGGAAAACAGCGCUGGUCUUGUCGAGAGCCUUGAGAAUACAGCCAGGGAAUUAAGCGAAGCGAAAGACGCCGUCGCAGUAAAGGCCUCUGUCGAAACACAAUUAGAGGCCAGGAACAUGGAAAUCUCGACACUGACCGAACGCCUCGAUAAGGCACAAACGAAGCUGAAGGAUCUCGAGGCGCAGGCCGAAAAAGCCAAGAGCGAGGCAGCCGCGACGGUCAAGGAGAAGACUACGCAGCUCACCACCUCUACUUCUCGGAACAAGGAACUGGAAACCGAGCUGAAGAAGGCCGGGGAGGCCAAGAAUAAGAAAAAGAAGAAGGGCGGCGCGUCCACCGCGGCUACCGCAGUAGAGCCCGCCCCGAGCGAGGCGUCAACAACCGAUCAACGGCCCGCAUCGCCGGCGGAAGGCUCAACUGGUGAGGAACUUCAAGCGGAGUUGAGUCGUCUACAGGAAGAACUGGCAGACAAGGACCAACGGAUUGAGAAGCUAUCAAAACAACGCAAGACGGAAGAAGACCUGCGCGAGGAGAUUGAGAACCUCCAAGAGAAUUUGAUGGUCAUUGGCCAGGAUCACGUCGAGGCAAAGGAGAGGAUCAAGGAGCUCGAGGCCGAGAAGAAGGCAUUGCAAGAGCGUAUCUCAGAGCUGGAGAAGGAAGCCGAAUCUUCAGCAGCAGCAGCCAAGGGCAGCAGCGAACUUCAAAUCGAAUACAAGUCCUUGAAGGAAGAGUUUGAGAACCUCAACAUGAAGUCCUCGACACUACAGUCUGAUCUGGCUGCCGCGCAACAGCUAGCUCAGACUCGGUACAAAGAUCUCACCUCGCUUAGAGAAGUCCUCCAGAAAGCCCAGCCCGAACUGAAGAGCCUGCGGCAAGACUCGGUCGCACUCAAGACCACACGGGAAGAACUAGCAGCGAAGAACACCGAGUUGCGUAACCUCGAAAAGCGCGAGAAGGAGCUGAAGACGGAGCUUUCCAGGGCACAACGCCUCGCCACAGAUCGCGAGGCCAGAGAAGAGAAGACCUCGCGCGAACUCCAACGCGUGCAAGACGAGGCUGCUAAGCUACGGCCACGCAUCCGCGAACUCGAAGACGAAGCGACCCGCCUCAAAAAGGAUCAGGAAAGUCCUCCGAGAAGAAAUGGAGCUCAAGACCAACCACUCAAGGAGAGCCAGUCGCAGUGCGAGAGCCUGGACGAGGAGCUGGCCGAGGCGCGCAAGAUGCUCGGCGAACGUACGCGCGAGGCCGAGACCAUGCGCCGCCUGCUCGCCGACGUGGACGAGCGUGCCGACGCCAAGGUGCGCGAUAUGCGCGCCAAGAUGGACGCCGCCGUCGAGGAGCGCGACCGGCUCGAAGACGAAUCCAGUGCGCUGGCGCGGCGCAAGACCAGGGAGACGGAGGAACUGAGACAGAAGGUCCGGGAUCUCGAACGCGAGGUCAAAGCGCUUGCGAGCGAAAAGGACGAUCUGGAGCAGAAGGAACGCGAGUGGCGGCGGAGGAGGGAGGAGCUGGAGGCGUACGAGGAGCGGGCCGGGGCCGAGGUCACCGAGAUGCGGACUACCGUGUCGAAUCUGAGGUCGACGCUCGACGGGUCGGAGCAGCAGGUCCGGGAUACGGAAAAGAAGAAUGGCGAGCUGCGACGGGCGUUGGAUGACUACCGAUUGCGCUACGACAAACUCGCCAAGGAGUCCAAGGCGCUGCAGGCGAAGCUGUCGUCGCCAGUUGUUGCCAGCUCGGGGCGGAGUUCCAUAGACUCGACCCGGUCCGGCAGUUUGAACGGCUCCGGAUCCCAGCAAGGCGGUGGCAGCCAGGAUGCCAUGUACUUGAAGACAAUUCUGUUGCAGUUCCUGGAGCAGAAGGACAACAGGUUGCGGGCGCAGCUAGUGCCGGUGCUGGGGAAGCUCCUCAAGUUCGACAAGUGA